UACACAUUUUGUAAACAUUUUGUAUACACGCAUUUUUCUAGUUUUUAUUUGGCAAAGUAAUAUCUGACUGUAAUUCCUAAUUCCGGAAAGGCAACGUGGAUUCAAAACCCUCGUCUAGAGAACUUCCAACUUGCAAGCUUUUGAGAUUACAGAGAAGAAGACGAUGCAUAUCCCAACUAAAAAACACAACCCGGCGUAUCAAGUUUGCGGUUCACUGUAAGUUGAUUACUGUGCUAAGUAUUUACAGUGUGGUUGAUAGAUUAGGGUUAAAAUUGUAUUGUACCAUGGAAGUGGCCCAUUUCGUGGAAGAUGGCUCACAGAGUGAAGAGAGUGACUUCGAAAAUGUUGAAAGGGAGGAUAUUGGUAGUGGUGGAUCUUCAAGUGAUGAGGAAUGGAUUGGUAGUAGGAAAAAGCUUAUUUCCUACAAUUUCAAUAUGCUCACAGAAACCCAGAUGGACGGGUUGGAAGCAUCUUAUGACAGUGAUAAAUCUGAAAAUUAUUUGCUUACACCAUAUGCAAGUGAUGAAGAAGGUAAAAGUGGGACAAACAAGGAAAGUGUUACAUACAAAGUUGAUAAUGAUGCCACACUCAAAAUGCUAAAAUGAAAAGUGGGUAUGAAGUUUGCCUCACCUGAAAUCUUCAAGAAACAAGUAGUGAGGUAUGCUGUUAUUGCAGGGUAUAGUAUUAAAUUUAGUAAGAGUGAAAAGGUCAAGAUUGCAGCGAAGGGUAAAGAGGGGUGUGUUUGGAGGAUAUACGCUUCAUGGGAUGGACCGAAAGAGUCAUUUGUGGUAAAGUCUUUGAAUCCUAAUCAUACUUGUAACAAACAAGAUUGUGAGAAUAUACAAGCUAAACCAAGGUGGUUAGCUGAAGAGUAUUUGGAGGAGUACAGAAAAGAUCCUAACUGGUCGAGGAAAGCGCUACAACAAUCAGUAAUGGAAAGAUUUGGUGUGCGUAUUCAAAGGUUUACUUGCUACAAUGUAAGGAAACAAGCCUUAGGUAUUUCUUUUGCGUAGGUUGGUGUAGCGUAUUUUGUGGUGCAUACCUGUUUUUGUACUUGUAAAUGUCCUUGUUUGGCAGCCUGCUAUGUACAAGUCAUGCAUUGGUCUGUAUUUUGCUUAUCAUUUUUUGUUACUACUAUAGAAAGGCCAUGUUGUGAGCCUGUGAUUGUUAUUUUGUUGUUUAAACACAAACACUCAAUCAAAGAAAUCAUGUGUUGAUUUUUGUUCAUUAUAUUGUUUACUGGUUUUGUAGUAUGUAGUUACUGGUUUUGGUGUGGUUACUGCAAAUUUAAAUACUAUGGGCCUGAUUUUGCAGACAUGUACUAUCAAGGCUUGUAUAAUAGCAUUAGAAAACCAGAAUGCCACAAUUUCAAAUCAAAAAAAUCAGAAUGCCACUAACCAAAGAAAAGAUUUGUAUUAAUCAAUAGCAUUGUUUAGUUACAGUAUUUUCUCCUACAUAUUACAGUGCAAUCAAAUACUCAUUUUCACCAUCAGGGGUCUCUUUUAAUAGCUAUAAAAAACUACUACUCAGUACAUUUUACUUAUAAUAAGUGAACAAACAGAGACAAAACGAAGAACUACAAAUCUAGCCAAUACAUUUCAAUCUCUAUCUUUGAUAUAUGAAUGGCUUUCAUGUUCUCGAAAUCAGAUUGCAGCACCAUCAGUGCAGUCUUAACUGCAUUCUUCUUCUCUUUUAGUAGCAUAUAAUUUCAGCAUUUAUCAAAACAUUCUUCUAUUUCCAUAGUCUUGUGUUCACUGCCAAAUUCCAAGUGCUGCAAAUGUAAUGUUUGGUCACCCACAUCAAGAGUAGGAAUACAUAGAAGUGGAAGGAAUACACUUAGACCCACUAGGGAAGACUUAAACAUUAUACUGACACUCAAAAUUCUGAAGGCCACCUUUGCAUUCUCUGAACAGACAUUAAACAUUUUCCAGAACCAAGUUGAAGUCUUCUUCAAGAGCUUCUAAGACAGAAACCUCUCUGCACACAGGGGACGAUUAAGGCCUUCGUGAGAGCCGAACCACAUGAGAAAAUGAAACUAGCGAGGAUUUAAACGAAGCCAUAAACGCUGCCCUCAGAAAUAUAAGGUCUUCGAAUCUGGGAUUUUGAAGAAGCCGUCGGACUGAUACAUUCAUGUAUCGGCAUCUUCCGAGUUCCGGACUUCCGGCCUUGGAAGAAGACGAAGAUGCAAGAUUUUGGGCGAGUAAGCCCUGUAUCUAAUUGACGGUGAGCUGGAAGGGAGAGAAAGGUCUGGGAGACGGCAGAGCACAAGAAGAAGCCUAUGAGAGUCUUCUUUGUCCAGGGCUGUAAUCGUUCAUGGCUUCUUGUGGAGUUUAUGAAGAUAUGCGUGGGUGGUUAGAUAGCGAGGAGUUUUCAGG